CCCAAACUCGUGCAGUUCUCCCUGGAGGAAGGCUCUACUGACAGCGCGCGCUUCUUCCCCUUAAAUAAACACGCAGCCUAAGUCUAUUAGGGCAGGAUUUGUAUUAAAGAAGCGAUGUAGCGCGGAUUAACGGAUCUUAUCCCAGUCAACGCCAUGGGGAACGCGUGAGAUUUUGGCUCGUGUACUUGUGAGGGAAGCGCAAAGCCGCGAGCAUGGCGUCGGCGCAGGGGCUCCUCCACAGCGUCUUCUCCUGCUCGUCCCCGGCUUCGAGGAGCAUCACCAAGCGGCGCCUGCGCCAAACCCGCAGUUUAGACCCGGCUAUAAUCCGCAGCUGCGACACCGACUGUGAUUUACCGCGGUCCGAGCUGUCCGAGCAAGGGAGCGACGAGCCGGUCGCGUCUCAGAUCGACACGACGCAGCCGCACUCCAAGCUCACGACGGCGACGCUCAAACGGACGCACCAGCUGCUGUCCCCAUCCCUGUCCACUCCCGCUACACCUCUCGACACGUCGCCGUCAUCGAGCUUUCACUUCGAUUAUGACUUUAAAAGCGGGAAGAGGAACACGGCUUGGGAUUUGCCCUUCCUGGCCAAUUCAGGCACUUCGGGCACGAUCUUCUCCCCUAGAAGGUGGCUUCAGAGGAAAGCGCAGCAUACCGCUGCUCACGAGUACGUCGUCUGGAGGUCGGAGGGUGAUUUCACUUGGAAUAGCCUGUCCGGGAGGAGUGUGCGUCUUAAACCGGUGUCCAUUCAGAGCCUGUCUGAGCUGGAGAGAGCCAGACUACAGGAGGUUGCUUACAGCCGCCUCCACCAGGACUAUGACUUGGGCUGCCAGAUCACCAUCCCUAAAGAUUGCCAGAAGAGGAAGAAGUCACUACGGAGGAAGCUGGACUCCUUAGCCAAGGAAAAGAACAAAGACAAAGAAAACGCACCCCAGGCGUUUGGCAUCUCCUUAUCACAGGUGAUCACCAACGACCGAACCCAGCGUCAGCGUCAAGAAGGUCAGAGGGAGGAGCAGAGAGACCCGAGUGACCUGGUGUCCUCCAUCCUGCAGUUUGCUACACGCCGACCCACCAAGGAGCUUUCCAGCAGCAACUCAUCACUCAGCUCCACCUCGGAGACGGCCAACGAGUCCACGUCAUCCAACACGCCCGAAGCAGCACCCCGCGCUCGCAGAAGGGGCGGCAUGUCUGUGGACUCCAUCACGGAUUUGGACGACAAUCAAUCACGUCUGCUGGAGGCGCUGCAGCUCUCGCUGCCGGCUGAGACAGCCAGCAAGAAGGAGAAGCAGCAGGACAAGAGGCUGAGUCUGAACCCCAUCUACAGGCAGGUGCCACGUGUGCUGGAUAGCUGCUGCCAGCACCUUGAGAAGUAUGGUCUACAGACGGUGGGGAUCUUCAGAGUGGGCAGCUCGAAGAAAAGAGUGAGGCAGCUGCGGGAGGAGUUUGACCGCGGUGUGGACGUGCAGCUGGACGAGGAACACAGUGUCCAUGACGUGGCCGCGCUUCUGAAGGAAUUCCUCCGGGACAUGGCUGACCCGCUGCUCACCAAAGAGCUUUACACUGCCUUCAUUAACACCACAUUGCUGGACCCAGAAAACCAGCAGUUAGUCACGCAGCUGCUUGUGUACCUGCUGCCUCCUUGUAACAGUGACACCCUGCAGCGGCUGCUGGAGUUUCUGCACAUCGUGGCUCAGCACGCUCAAAACGGAUAUGACAAGGAUGGACAAGAGGUUACAGGAAACAAGAUGACGUCAAUCAACUUGGCCACCAUCUUUGGGCCAAACCUGCUGCACAAGCAGAAGAGCUCAGAUAAAGAGUUCAGCGUGCAAAGCUCAGCCCGGGCUGAGGAGUCCACGGCCGUCAUCGCUGUGGUACAGAGGAUGAUCGCCAGCUACGAGGAGCUUUUCAUGGUGUCUGCAGACUUGCAGAACGAGGUGCUGAUGAACUUACUGGAGACAGAUCCUGACGUAGUGGACUACCUCUUACGACGCAAGGCAUCACAAAGUGCCGAGUUGUUAAAUUCGGAGGCAUCCCUCUCCCUGAGUGAGUGCCGGUCGUCCAGCGACUCCAACAAAGCGUCCAGUGGCGAAGUCUCUCCUUACGACAACAACUCGCCUGUGCUGUCUGAAAGGAGAGGGGGAGACCUGCCCAAAGAGAGUGAAGUCCAUUCUGGACGAGUCCAGAGCACAGAGCGCCUCUUCUGCGUCCCGGAACAGUACAGCCUGGUGGGACAGGUGACAGGACGCAGCAGGGAGACUGGGUCGAAUAUCUGGUCCCCAACAAAAGAGGAACAUGCCAACAUCUGGGGUGCAUGGCACACAACGCUGAAGCAAGGCCUGCAAGAACAAUCCUAUACAGGUUCCUGUGGCAACAUAUCAGAAGGAAGCUCGCGCAGCUCCAGGGACGAAACCGGUGAUCUGACGCCGCCCACUGUAAGCAGAGCGGAUUUCCAAUCACAAGGCACUGCGGGGACUCCCGCAUGCCUCAACCUGAACCUUAAACCCAACGGCCAAUUGAAAUCCAGCAGCUCAGAGGACCUUCCAGUCGGCAGCACCCACAGCACGUCAAGCCCCACCCUUCACUCCAAACCCACCAACAGGAAUGAAGCACGUCCUCCACCUUACAGACACUCCAAAUCAACCCCUUCACAAGUUUCUCAGUCUCAGCAGCACCCCCAGCAGCACGGGAAGACUAACAACCAGAACUCAUCCUCAUCGGUGGGCACACGCACGCCCAGCAGCUCAGAGUGGCAAGACUGGCAGAGGGACAGGUGGCACAUCUGGCAGCUGCUGUCUUCAGACAACGCUGACACGCUACCUGAGACACUGGUGUGAUUUAAGCAAUUCAGCGCAUUUAGAUACAGAAGCCACUGCCUUAUGUGUGUUAUGUACAGACAGAUUUUGGGGCUAAGCUCCUCGUUCUUCUCUGUAGGCAGUCGAGCGGUGGAGCCGAGUUGCACUGCGGAAGCCAAAAGAGGUGCAAGGAGGAUUCCAGGCAGCAAACCACAGCUCAAUAAACUGACGAUUGGUGUUGUAUCUAUUCCACAAAAAAAAAAAAAAGACUUGCUCACGUUUGCUUGCUAGAUCCAUUUGGAAACCCAAUGUCAGGACUUCACCUCCCCUUCUCAACUUUCACUUUGGAAGCCAACAUUACAGGCUCUAUACCAGGUACCUAAAAUUCUCAAACAAAAGCUAAUGUAAAAAUCAUUGACACUUUUGUAUGGACAAAUACAAUAUACUCCAUCUAUUGCAUAACUGCUGUGUAUGUCUGCUUUACAGUCUUUUCCUUUAAAAAAAAAAAAAAAAAAAAAAGUUAAAAUUUUGCACUGAAUCAUAUGACAUGGGGUAAAACCUUACAUUUACCUUUACAGGCUCAGCUCCUUUUUGUGUAUAUACACCAUAAGAAUAUUGCCAAAAAAAGCUGCUAAAUCAAAUGUAUACAAAAUUAUUUGUUCUUACCUCCAGCACAAUAAGGAUACCAGGACAGAGAGAUGCCAUUUUGUAUUAAUUAAUGAUGCAUACGCCUUUGAUUGAGUAACGCAUGAGUGGAAUUCUGCAGCAUUUUAUCACGGCCAUUACCAGUUUUUUGAGCCAUGGGUUCCUCUCUGGCCCAGAUGUUACCAUAUAUGUCUAAUUAAUGCGGUUAUGAGAACAUCGCUUCUCCCGUAGAAGCCAUUCCAGCAAGGUUUAUCGACUGUGUUUUCCCAUAAUGCACUGCCAGAGUACAGCGGUUUUAAUGGCAAGUUUACAAACAUCUGCUUAUAAUAAAACGUAAUAAAAUAAAUUUAUUUUUUAUAUUUUAAAAUGAAAUUAGCUGAACCCUCUCAACACCCCACCCAUCCCUUUAUCCUCUGCCAAGCUUUGCAGUAUGUGAUGUGUUGGCUUACGCUAGUCAUUAAUUAACAGACUACCACACAGACUGCUAGCUAGCUGCUGAAAAGUUUCCAAUGAUACCAUGUAAUGACUUUGUCCUUUCUAGCACUGUGCUCUCUGUGAACACUGCCCCAAACUACACCAUCUAUUACCUUUUACUCUCUAGAAGAAAUUUUCAGUCGAAUGCUAGCAUUUUAGCACUUAAAGUUAGUACAUGUUCCCCAGAUGGAUUUGUUUUUAAAAAAUGACAACCUGUUUAAGUGGAAUGAAUUGUGCCUUCGAUCUUAGAGCAGAAAUACAUUUAGUAGGGGUUUUUUUUUAGUAAGUAAUAAACUUUUUAAGGUUGAUUCCAGUUGCAUCCUUUGGCUCAGACGGAACAAAUGCUAAAGACAAUUUAGAUAAGCUUUGCUAUCUCUUGCACCUUUACUCUUUUUUAUUCUACUCUUUGUUUAAUUAAAUAGUUAGAAAAAGGUGUCAUAUUUCAUAAUCUGUCUAAAAAAAAAAAAAAAAGCACAACAAAUACAUUAGGACAUGGAAAGGAUUCCAUUUUACAAAUCAACCUCAGAUAACUGACUAAAAAUAUUACUGAAAAAAGUAGCAAAUUUACUAAAAGAACAGGUCCGACGUUCGCAUGACCGUUUGUGGGAGAUCAGGAUUAUCGGUCGCUGUUUAUUUCUUCGCGGUUUAAUCCAACAACAUGAAAUUCACGGAAUCUAAUCAGCAUUCCUAUGAAUUUCACAAAUUAACCAUGUACCUUAUGAAACUGUGGCACUGUUUCAAAUUCAUUUGCUAAAUCUACACAUACUGUAUUUCAGCCAGGAUUUUUAAAAUUCCUUACUCUAUAUUUUCCCCAUUUAAUUAUUUCAUUAUUUCUGUGUAUACAGUAACAUUAAAGCAAAUUGUCUGUUAUUGUAUAUUAUGAGCAAGUGCAGUGUCAUUGGAGCUUGGUAGAGUGAAUGAUUAUUAUUUAUUUGCAUCGAUCCCUUUUGCACACUCUGCUGUUCUUUAUAUAACUUCACUUCUUUUAUUUUCCCCCGUUUGACCUCGCGAUCAUUGUCUACACUCAGCAGAUAAAGCUAAAAGGAACAUAGUAGUAUCCCUAUACAGCCAUGCUUACUGUUCUUCAUACUCACUUUCUUAAUCCCACUGCUUCAAACUUACAACUCAACACAAUUCCCCUUCGAUGCUAAACCUCAUUCUUAUUACCUUCUUAGUCUUGCAGUCCUGGUAUUUUCGAAUACAUUUGGAGGAAAUAUGUUGCUGUUCAAGAGAAAAGGCUCCAGUGGUUUUAAAUAUCGAUUUUUACACCAGGUUCUUCAGCCAUAAUGCAAAUUCGUUCCGAAGUUUAUUCACCGCACUUUGCCUUCCUGCAGCAGAGCGAUCAUGUUCCUUUGAUUUGUGAGCUUUACUUUUAUUAGUGUUGUCAUUAUGGGGGGACUCUUAAUUUGCAUUUAUAAAUUGGUAAGUAAUUACUGAUGUCAUGAUGCUGUAAUCCAUGACCCAAAUAUAAGGUAUAAAUAUGUUAUAUCUUCAAUAUUAGGAUUGUAAUAAGGAAUCAUUUGUACUUCAUGCAGAAACUUUUAGCUUUUUGUAUGGUCUGACAUUUGCUGUGAAGCUUGCUUUGGUAUUUUAUGUACUUUUUUUUUUUUUUUUUUUUAAUAUUGUCUUUGAUUUUUGUUUAUUUGUUUUCCCAGCAAGUCUCA